AUGCCCCUCCUAGACCCCCGCGAAGUGCUGCGGCGGCGUGACAUCCCCAUCCCACCCGCCGCCUCCUUCCACGUUCCCGGUCUGCCCGACCUCCACGCCGAAGCCUCCUCCUCCGCUGUCGCACACCCUUUGCAAAUGUCAGCCGGCUACCUCCCCGCUCGACUCGCCGCAGCCAACAAUGAACCCAAAGACAACGCCCACCUCUUCUUCCUCCUCCUACGAGCACGUCAUGUCCCAGCCAAACGCAAACUCAUCAUCUGGUUCAACGGCGGUCCUGGCUGUUCCUCCUUCGACGGUGCAAUGAUGGAGGUGGGAGCCUGGCGAAUGGACGGCAAAGGUGGUCUCGUCUGGGUCAAAGAUGGAGCUAGUUGGAACGAAUACGCCGACAUCCUCUUCCUCGAUCAGCCCGUCGGGACAGGUUUCAGCUACGUCAACACCAACGCUUACACCACCUCCCUCCCACAAGCAGCAGACGAAGUGGUGACCUUCCUUCAAUCCUUCAUCCAAGUGUUCCCCGAAUACUCUCGCGAUGUAGAGCUCAAAUUCGGAAACCAAGGCAGCGGAGUCGACGUCUAUCUCGCCGGUGAAAGUUUCGCUGGUCAGUACAUCCCCUAUACCGCCAAAGCCAUCGUCAAAUCUCCCUCCCCACCCGUUUCCCUUAAAGGAAUUGCAAUCGGCAACGGCUUUAUCGAUCCCAAAAACCAGUACGGCACCGAACUCGAGACCAUGGUCGCUAAAAACAUCUGGUCCCCUUCCUCUGCCGACUACAAACGUGUCGCUCGCAUCGUCCAAGAUUGUAAAGCUGAACUCGAACGCCUUUCCACCCCAACAACCACUUCGCGAGAAGUGAACAGAUGCGAAGAGAUCCUCCAAAACAUCAUCGCAUCCACCACCACCAAGCUGCCAGGUGCAAAAGAUUACACGUGUAUCAACAUGUACGACGUUCGUCUGAGCGAUACUUCUCCAGCUUGCGGUAUGAACUGGCCUCUGACCUUGUCAGAGAUGUACGAUUAUCUUCGGAGGGACGAUGUUAGAAGGGCGUUGCACGUAGAUGAAGCACGUAAACCGGAAGCUUGGAUCGAGUGUAAUAGUAAUGUUGGUUCUGCUAUGCGGUCGGAUACCACUUCUCCACCCUCGGUCGAGCUUCUACCCGAUCUCCUCGAAAGUGGGCUGAAAGUGCUGUUGUUCGCUGGGGAGGAAGAUCUAAUCUGCAACUCGAUCGGGGUUAAGCGUACAGCUGAAAACCUCAGCUGGGGUGGAAGUAAAGGAUUCGGCGAUCUGCCCGAGCAAGAAUGGAUCGUCAACGGCGCAGUUGCUGGUAGUUGGCGUAGCUCUCGAAACCUGACCUAUGUAGGCGUGAAGGGAGCAAGUCACAUGGUAGGAGUGGACAAACCUGUUGAAAGUCACGAUAUGAUUAUUAGGUUUAUGGAGAUCGAUUAUAUGAAAGUAGCCGGUCCCAAUGCUCUCAUCCCCUCCCGCGUUGGCAACGAACCAGAUCGAGUGCUUAUUACAGGCGGAGGUGGGGGUCUGGCAGCAAUGGGUGGCGAUGGAAGUCCAUUGAUCCCAGGAACGGGAAAGACAGAGGAGAUGGUAGCGGAGGAAGCUAGGUGGAGAGCCUAUUACGAUGCAGGGUCUUUAGCAUUGGUGAUUUUGCUGAUUGCGGUUAGCGUGGGAACGUGGUUGUUGCUCAGGGCGAGAAAGAGGAAAAGGUUGGAGAGAGGGAGGAUAGGGAGGGGGAAUGCCCUCAGCUUGGCUUCUACGGCUGAGUUUGGAGGGGAGAAUGGUGGUGCGUCGGGGGUUGGGGGCGAUCAUGAAUUGGAGAGAUUGGUGGGGGGAGACAAGAGGGAUGAAGAAGAGGAUGAGGUGCAGGAGACGGUGUGGGAUGUUGGAGCGGAGACUGAUAGUGAUAGAGAGGAGAAUGCUGAUGGCCUUGGUCGUGAUGGUCCUCUGCGCUGA